AUGUCGAGCAUUGAUGAUAUUUUCAGGAAACCAUCCCAUCCCUCAAAUAUCAAACGAAAGCUUGAGCCGGCGCGAGAUCCGACUGAGAUAUACAAGGCCGCGAAACUCGACGCGAACGGAGACACUAUAAGAGGCAAAGAAACAACAGUUGAGGAUGCAGAAGAUGAUGAUGUUGCCGGUCCUGAACUUCCACCAGACUUUGAAGAAGAUAUCCCAGAUGAUGAAGAGGGUAGAUUUUUCGGAGGUGGUGUAACUAAGGACACCACCAAUGCCCUUGACUACAUUGACAGGCAUGAGAAUGAAGGAACUGCGCCCCAGGUUAUCGACUCAGCAUGGUUACGGCGCACAGCCCUGAAUUUCGAAAAAAAGAUAUCGAAGAAUGCUGAACUCCGGGUUAAAUUUGAAAAUGAUCCACAAAAGUUCAUGGCUUCUGAGGCCGAUUUGGAUGUUGAAAUCAAAUGCCUUUCAAUCUUGUCUGAGCAUCCAAAGCUCUAUAAAGAAUUUGCUGAACUUGGUUGUGCUGGCUCACUAGUUUCCCUGCUAACCCAUGAGAAUACGGAUAUUUCAAUUGAUGCGAUAGAAAUACUCGGUGAGCUCAUUGAUGAGGAUGUGGAAGCCGAGGAAGACCAGUGGGAUGCCAUUGCAAACUCCAUGUUGGACGCGGAUAUACUUGAACUUUUAUCACAAAAUCUCGCACGAUUAAAUGAAGAAAAUGAGGUAGACAGGUCCGGUAUAUACCAUAUACUAAAUAUCCUGGAGAGUUUGUCCUCGAGACCAUCCAUCGCAGAUCGGAUUGGACAGGAGUCAGGCAUCAUGCCGUGGCUGCACGAGCGCAUAUCAAAAAAAGAAAAAAGGGUAUCCCAAAAUAAACAGUAUUCUGCUGAGAUGCUUGCUAUAUUGCUACAAUCUUCAUCAAAGAACCGACUGCGAUUCAUCAACCUAGAGGGAGUUGAUACGUUGCUCCAGUUAUUGAGCGUAUACCGAAAGAUUGACCCCCAAAAUGAUUCGGACGAAGAAGAGUACUUUGAGAAUUUAUUCGAUUGUUUGACUUGUGUGGUAGAUGAGGAUGAAGGUAAAGACAAGUUCAUUGAAGCGGAGGGGGUUGAACUUACACAAAUUAUGCUCCGCGAAGGCACGCUAAGUAAGCCACGAGCUUUACGUGUUCUGAAUCAUGCCCUCGGUGGACGAGGAGGGUUACGGGCAUGUGAAAAGUUCGUUGAAGUCGGGUUGCUCAGAACAGUCUUUGGCAUGUUUAUGAAAAAGCAAGAUAAAUCACUUACGGAACACCUUCUGGGAAUCUUCUCGUCAUUGCUAAGGCUACUUCCUGGUGACACGGCUGGUAGAAUUCGAACGUUGGCAAAGUUCGUGGAGAAAGACUAUGAAAAGGUUACGAGAUUAAUCAAACUACGGCGAGAGUAUAAGUCUAAACUCUCCGUUGUAGAACAAGAUAUCAGCCAACAAAAGAGCAAUCUCAGUCAGGAUGACCUUGACGCUCUGGAGGGGGAAUGGUUAUCUCGCAGACUUGAUGCCGGACUUUUCUCUCUACAGACUAUAGAUGUAAUCCUUGCGUGGCUUGUCGCUGAGGAUGACGGUGCUAAAGCCAAAAUAAAGUCGUUGAUGGCUGAUCAAGACGAAGACCUAAGUGCCAUCCGCGGCACGCUCCAAGAACAACUGAACGGACUUGAUGAUACUGAGACAAAUUACCAGGACACUAGGGACAUGCUAGACACGCUAAUUGGCUUUUUAUAA